CCCCAUUCCCCAGAGCAUUUCGAAAAUACAAAAUUGCCCCAGAUCUUUUGGAAAUUAAGAAACUGGCUCUCGCUGUCUUCGGAGUUUUUCUUGAAUUCCUCCGCGAGUCGCUUGCGUUCAAUUCCGCUUGUGGAGAUUCUAUGACAGCGACGAUGGGAAGGCGAUCCAUAUGGGUUGCUCUUCUCGUCCCCUUUCUCCUGCUUUUCAUGCGACCGCACGGAGUUUCUUCCACUCUUCCUCUGCAACCAUUGAUUCAGGGUUCUAAAGAUUCUGCCCCUCUAAGUACUCCAAAGCAGGAUUUCAACAAUGCUCAUGAGGUACACUGCUCGAGAGAAAGGAGUCGGGUAGCAUGGAAAAUAAUUGAGGAGUAUCUAAUGCCCUUUGUGAACAAAAGGAAAUACAAGAUUUCUACCGAUUGUAGGCUUCACCCCGAUAACGACAUGUUCAGAGAUCAAGAACAGCACAAGAGCCAUCUAGAUUUUAAUGAAUGGAAGUGUGGAUAUUGUAGAAAAAGAUUUUAUGAAGAGAAGUAUCUUGAUCAACAUUUUGACAACAGGCACUAUGAUUUGCUCAACACGAGUCGUAUCAAGUGCUUGGCGGAUGUCUGUGGUGCAUUGCAUUGUGACCGUGUGGUAGAAACAGUAUCACAGAAAAGUAAAUGCAAUCCUGCUGCUGCUGCAAGAAAAAAGCAUAUGUGUGAGGUUCUAGCUGACAGUUGUUUUCCCGUUGCCGAGGGUGCUUCGGCCAGCCAUCUUCACGAAUUCUUCUUGCGCCAAUUCUGUGAUGCACACACUUGUAGCGGAAAGCCAAAACCUUUUUCCCAAGGUCAAGAGGUUAGGACAAGUUGGUUCUACAUUGUUAUUUCGAUUUUGACAGUCCUAUUUGUGCUGUUUUUUUAUGUCUUCAUUUAUUUGUACAAGAGGGGAAUGAGAACGAGACCGCAGGUGCUGAAGCGCCUCUCGGAAAGUGGAAGAAAGAAAAAACCUUCAUAGAUGGAAUCCCUUGCCUCUUCAAUUACAGAAUGUAGAUUUAUUUUCAACUCAUUUUUUAGAGGAAAAGGGAGGUGAGAGGGCAAAGUUUGUUCUUUGAACCAGUUUGUUUUCUUUCCAUCAUUUGUAUCCAUAAAAUUAUAAAUAUAAGUUCAGCUUCUAGAGGAAUGAGAUUUUUGUAUCAUAACAUUCGUUUGAGAAAUAGAACCACUUCAUGAAGGUUAAUACUUGAGCAUUCAA